AUGGAAAACCCCAGAUCCAAGUUCAAGCUAUUGUUGAAGCAAGCUAUGACAGAAGCAAAAGGAAAAGUGGAGCUGCGAAAAAAUAUCGAUUUUCUGUCGGAAAAAGAAAACCAUCCCCAAAACUAUGAAGGCAUAUUUCACCCACCACCAGUAGUAGACACACCACCAGUAGUAGACAAUAGCAAUAGUAGUGCUAUAUUUUCAAAAGGAAUACCACAAGAAAAGCCUGAACAUACGGUGGUUACAGAACUUGAUAACAAUAGUGAAACCAAUGAUGGUUGUGGUAUAAGUUCUGAUGUAUUGCAAGUUAUGGAUGAAUCCAACAUGAAUGUGCAAGAGGAAAGUGAUGGAUCAUUCCAGGAUUUUUCUUCGGAUGACAGUGUGAAAGAUCCUAUGUAUAAAAGAGAUAAUACUUCAUCUUCUAGUUCGUCGGCUAGUUCUACAAACUCAUCUUCUUCUUCUGAGUCUUCGUCUGAAGAAGAAAUAGAAGAUGAAAGAGAUAGAGAAAGACAUUCCGAAAGAGAUGAAGAAAGAGAUAGAGAAAGAUAUUCCGAAAGAGAUGAAGAAAGUGGUGCAGAAAGAGAUGAAGAAAGAGGUGCAGAAGAAGAUGAAGAAAGAGGUGCAGAAAGAGAUGAAGAAAGAGGUGCAGAAAGAGAUGGAGAAAGAGGUAAUAUUAUAUUCGAUGCAGUUGAUUUUAGCGAAGAAGAACGCGUACAAUUGGAAAACAUAAUUAACGACAUCGAUAAAUCCGUCAUUCUUACAGCAGACGAUCAAGAUUCAUUCAAAACUGUUGCAAACAAAUUGCAAAAUCAACUUCAGAAAUUAGAAAAUAACGGGCCUACUGCCAAACUAUGGAUUCUAUAUUUCAGAAUGGUGACUUUGUUGAAGCAAUUUAUUGAAGCAGAACGCACUGGCAACUGGACACUACACCUUGAAACGAUUCAAAAAAUGUUGCCCUUUUUUCAUGCAAGUGGUCAUUUUUUCUACGCAAAGUCUUGUCAUUUGUAUUUGCAAGACAUGCUCAAUUUACAAGAUAAAAUGGAUCCGACUGAAUUUGAAAGUUUUACGACAAAGGGAUAUUUCACCAUUAGACGGUCCGAUAAAUUUUGGUCUGGAAUUUGGACCGACAUGACCAUCGAGCAGACUCUGAUGAGGACGAUGAAAAGUAUAGGUGGACUUACCCAUGGACGAGGAAUAACAGACAGCGUUCUCACAAAGUGGACUCUAGGAAUGACUUUCCUACACAACGUUUGUGAUGUAAUUGAAGAUUUUUGUGGAAUAUUUAGUGGAACAACGGAACAACACGUCGACAUGAGGCGUUCACGAAUACUUCGUGACAGUAAGGAUACAGAAAAACUUAUUAACUGGUUCAAUCAGCACUAUCCGUUUCCAAAAAUCGAUAACAUAAUGUCCAUAAGUUCUGGACUUGUUGGAGAUGAGCGUGUUAAUUGCUGCAAUGCGCAAGAUAUUGGCUCCAUUGGAAUAUCGAAUAUAAUUGGCAAGGAUUUUGAUUCAGUUAAAUUUAAACGUAAAGACAGAGUAAUUCCUCUUGGGGCUAUCAACAACAGCAUUACAAUAGAAGAAGUAGCUGUACCUAUUGACCCACUGUUGAUAUUUCAUAGGAUGUGCAUUGCAAAAAAAACGGACGAAGAGUUACAACAAUACCUGGAAUAUGAACUGGCACCGUUUCCGCUAUCACUCUUUUCUGAGGAAGGGAUGAGGAAAGGCACAAAGUCUUCACUUUAUAAAGCCUUUACACCACUUCCUAGUGAUGUGCAAUUUGAAAAUAAGGUUCAUGUCAUAGAUGGAGGAUUUCUCCUUCACAGAGUUGUUUGGCAGUGCAACGAAUCUUUCGUUUCUAUUUGUACAAAUGGAUGUGACACAACAUCUGCCAUUUUCAACCAAGGCAAGAACAAAUUCCUCAAGAUUAUUAUGAAAUUCCCGGAAUUGAAUGAAAUUAUCGAAGUAUUCAAGGAUGAAAGUGCAGACGCCAACGCAAUUGCAGUAGCAGGAGAAAAUUUCUUGAUCAAACUCUAUGGAGUAUCUCAAAAGGAUUCAUCUCUGGAUUUUCUCCGAUAUCAGCAGUUUUCGAGAUCGGCGACAAAGAGUAAGUUUAACCUUGCUUCACUUCCCCCCACAGCAGCAGCAGCAAAACAACAUUCAUUCCGCACCUAUCAUCAAGUUCAAGCCUGGUAUGGUGUUGAAAAAAAUCCGGAAGAAUGGGGAUGGAAAAGGAGUAAGGUCGGACUCACUCCUGUUAGAACAACCAAAGAUCCUGCUCCAGAAGUUCUUCUAAAAUUCAUUUCAUGCAAAUGUAAAAAAGGAUGUGUCUCAGUAUGCAGCUGCAGAAAGGCGGGUUUGAAUUGUUCGAUAAUUUGCAUGUACUGCACAGGAAAUUCUUGCGAAAAUAUCGCAAACAUGUUGAUCGACUCUGAUGACGAAGACCCAGAUGAUAUCAUUCUACUGCCGACGUUUGAUGUUAUAGACGUAGAUUCCGGGGAAGAUGAAUCAGAUGCAGAAGACACAUACAAAAUCAGUGUGGUUUUAUAUAUAUUAAUAGCCAAAAGCAAAGCACCAGCCAAAGCUUUCAAAUUAGGAUUGGAAAGGUCUUACUUGAGAGGGUUUAAAGCAGACAGCAUGUACAGGGUUCCUUCCUUGAUCUCAUCUCUCACUGUGGAGGUUCCUGGAGGAGUGGUGGUAGGCAAUUCUGCGUGCCUUAAAGUGUCUAUGUAG